AUGUUCGAAAUUAAAGUUUCACCAUUAACUAAAAUCAUAUCAUUAUCAGGGUUUCUGUCCAUGGGAUUUCUGUUAGUCAUUUUAAGUUGUGCCUUAUUCCAUAAUUACUAUCCAUUACUCGAUAUACUAUUCUUUUUACUAGCACCAUUGCCAAAUGCACUCUCGAAGAGUAGGUACGGUUCAGCAGACUUCAUGUCCGACUCAUCCUCACAAAAUGGUAAUGAUUUCUCCCACUUCCUAACUGGUAUGUUUGUCACCUCAGGGAUUGUUUUGCCUCUGGUCUUACAACAUUGUCAAUUAAUAGCUGCGGAAAGUUGUGUAAUGAGUAUAAUGGGGGGUUCCAUCAUCUACUGUUCUAUAAUAACAUUUUCGUGGUUCUUUCAAUCUAGUUUUGAUGGUGAAGAUGAUCAAUUAUUCACUUGA